AUGAAGAAGUCAGUGUUGUUUAUACGGCGACAUGUGUCCAUUAAUAGUGCCUUUAGGAGUAUCACCUCAAAAGACCAAAUCACUAUAAUCUCUCCCACACUCAAAUCUCAGUCAACUCAGAAAUCCAAUUUCUCUCCUUUUCUUACACAAAGCACCCACUUUUACGCAAGCUCCCGACGCCAACGAUCGCGUGGCGGACAGAACGGAGCGACGGCGUGGCUAUACGGGUCGGCUGAAGAAGAUAAAUUAGUUGAUUGCGGCGUGGCACCCACGAUUACUUUUUCAUCUUUUCUGCUUCCGGAUGCUCAUGACCUCUCAUUUCAAUCUCCUCCUGAUACCUUCUACCAUUCCAAGUUGCCGACCUUCUAA